ACGUACGAAGAGACUGGUGUUCAUUGUAGCAGAAUUGCAGUGCACUGGACUGUACAGAACUGGGUAGCAUCCACACUGUCUAUGAGGGUGCGGUCCGGCUGCACUGAAAGCAACAACACUGACAGAUAGAGAGAGAGAAGGAAUAAGACAGAAGAGGAGGGAGCGAUAUCACCACAAGAGGAAUACAGCAAGGGAUGAAAGGAGACACCCCUGUGAACAGCACCAUGAGCGUCGGUCAGGCCAGGAAGCUGGUGGAACAGCUAAAGAUUGAAGCCAGUUUUUGUCGAAUCAAGGUGUCUAAGGCAGCGGCGGACUUGAUGGCCUACUGUGAUGCCCAUGCAUGUGAGGACCCUCUCAUCACCCCUGUGCCCACUUCAGAAAACCCGUUCAGGGAGAAAAAGUUCUUCUGUGCUCUACUCUGAGCAGCACACAGGAAGAGCAGGAUUAGUCUCAUUUAGAUGAUAAUGAUUUGUGUACGCACAUCACACAACACAACACAACACUCAACGAGACACGACACAGCAAAAUAAAUCCCAAAUUAAGCUUUAAUAAAUGCAAAGUGGUUUCUAAAUUUCAGCGAUUGACAGCGCAAAGACCAAAUUUACAAAAUCAUGCUUGUGAGGAUAUUUUUAUUCUCCUGUUUUUUUGGGAAACCCUGUUCCUUUUCAUUAAGGGGACAAAACAGCAUCAAGAUCGAUGCAAAUUGAUUAGAUGAAACACACACUGAUACACACAUAUGCAAGCACACAGUUUUUUAAUCAAGCAAAAGGAAAUAGGUGUGGGUCUGGAUAUUUCAAUAAUUUCAAAUUUUACUAUAUUCAAGACAUUCGUUAUGUUCUUCACAUAGCAUACUAUGGUGAUUUACAAAUUCUGUAUGUAUAUUUUGAUUUUUUUAAUGUUUUGUUUGAGGUUACUAUGUACGCUACGCUGGUUGACAUUUCUGAUUAACUGGUAGAGCUUUUAAAGUUUAGAUUAUUGUGAGAAAGUGAGACUGCUAAUACCUACACACAAAUACCACCAGUGCAUAGCACUCCUAAAGGGGUUUGUAAAAUGAAAUUUAUGUCCUAAAACCAAUUACAUUUUUCUGACCACUAAAACAAAUGGUAUCUAGUCUGGAAAUUAGUUUAAAAGAUAAAUUACUGAAGAAAAGUGUAAAGAGAAUAUCUGUUAAAACUUGUGGUCCCAAGUAAUUAAAAUAAUGCAGACAGAAUCCAAUGAAGGAAUGAAUAAAUCUUUUAAACGA